CUCGUCAGCCAGUCUAGACGCCAAUUGACCAUUGUAGGCUCUUGAAGCCGCACUCCGUCGUCGCCGUCUAUCUGGAUGUCGUUGAUACCUGCUGUUGUUCGCUCGCCGUCAACGUUUUCUUACUUUUUAGCGCCGGGCGCGAUAUUAUAUCACGUGAUAUUUGGCUUAUCUAAUCAGCGAUCUGGACACUGUUGAACUUCCCAAGUGUUUUUUUUGCCCGCAGCCAUCCAUCGCUCAUCCGACCAACGAGACAACGCUCUGUGACACUCUGGCUUCAUUCGCUUGCUUGUUUUUGGGGAGUACAUAAGUCGAGGACACCGUCGCCAUGGCCGCUCCGGGUCCAACUCCGGAACAGAUUGCGAUGAUGCAGCAGCAGAUGGCUGCGGAGGCGCAAAGGCGUGGAAUGACAGUCGAGGAGUUUGGCAAGAUGCAGCGAGAACAGAUUGCGGCAGAGGCUGCGAGACAAGGCCUUACUACCGAGCAGUUUAUCCAUAGACUGAAGGCUCAGGCCUUACGACAGCACCAGAUGCAGCAGCAGCAGCAGCAACAGCAACAGGGACAGGCGGGCCAGCAAGGACAACACCAGCACCAGCACCAGCACCAGCACCCUCAGCAGCAGCAACAACAAGUUCCUGUAAAUUCUAACGCCCCGCCAGAUCCAAAGGGAAUAGCAGUUGCGCAGUUCUUGAGGUCACAGAACCUGAAGCCGAGAGUCUGCAUCUUGGAUGGCCGAAGGAAGGAAUUGUUCAAGGUUAAACGAGCAUUGCGAGCCCUUCAGUCUCCUGCCUAUGCCAAAGCGUCCGCUAAGCCCAAAUCCAACCUGCCACCGGUCACCGAUCUAGCAUCUGCCGAAAACGCAUUCAGGCUUCUACCAAUGUCCCUUCUGGCCUUGAAGGUGACCAAGAUCGAUCCCCAUGAAGGUCAUGACCACGCGAAACCGCCAUCUAAGAAAGGUAGAGUCAAGGGCCUGUGGACUGUCCGCAUACAACAGCAUCAAGACACCGAUCCCAUGUCCCACUAUGUCUGGCUAUAUGAAGGGCCCCAAUGGAAGCAGAAGGCAAUGGCUGCUGGAGUGUUAGCUGCCAUCAUGGCUGUUGUCAUGUUCCCUUUGUGGCCGAUCAUGCUUAGACAGGGUGUCUGGUAUCUCAGUGUUGGCAUGAUGGGAUUGCUCUGUCUGUUCUUCGCCAUGGCCAUCUUCCGUCUUAUUCUCUUCGCAGUCACAUUCUUCGUUGCUUCGCCCGGAUUAUGGCUAUUCCCGAACCUGUUUGAAGAUGUUGGGUUCUUUGAGAGUUUCGUACCCGUAUGGGGUUGGCAAGAGGUACGUUGUUAAUCUUUACUACUCUACCUGGUUAAAGUCGUUUAUCCUUUGGCAUGCAAAUGGUCGUGGACUAAUCUCGUAUCUAUAUAUAGACUAAGAAAAAGAAGAGGUCUAAGAAGACAGAUGGCUCAUCGUCAAAGCCGUCAAAGUCCAAGCCUUCAAAAUCCACAGCUGCUCCCCCCACAGCUACUGAAAAAGCUCCUGCUACGGAUCAACCCGCCACCGCACCAGACGUAUCUAAUGAAAAGGCAAAUCAGAAUAAAUCUUCUGAGCAGUCACCCGGUAAACAUGCCUUUGCAGCUAGCGUAGAGGAUGCCGAAGAAGAGUAGUCUCGAGGUGGUAGGCCAAAAUCCAAUUAAGACCCCUUUUCUAUAUACCCCACGCCUACCAUUGUUUUAUAGCCGACUACCAUUCUACCUUUAUUGCUUCAUUUGUGCCUCCAACCACCUGACUUUUGCCUCUUCUAUCUUCCAACUUCCUAUUCCCCUUUCCUUCCUCAACGCCUUUUUACUCUUCAUCUUCCUCAAGGGCUUGGUUUAUAUAUCACGAUGUAUGAAUAAUUACCCUAAAAUAAAUCUGGCGUUAACCUUAUUUCUGUAAUAUUAUUACAUGCCAAACUAUAUUAUAUUAUAGUAUCUUAGUAUUCAUGUGCUAUCAGGAUCUAAUGCUUUUUGUCAUGGGGUUGAUAAU